AUGGAGUUUAUGAAUCUGGGCCAAUUUAAGUGUGUAGUAAAAGAUUACAAUAUCAGUCUUGGGAGGAACUUCGUAUGGGUUAAGAAUGACAAGGUGAGAGUAAGGGCCAAAUGCAGUGUAGAAGACUGUGAAUGGAUGGUGUAUUGUGCCUGGAACAGUAAGCAAAGCACAUUCCAAGUUAAGACUUUUAAAGAGACUCAUACAUGCUGUAGAGUCUUCAAGAAUAAAAGGGCUACAAGAGAUUGGGUGGCCAAGAAAUUGGAGAAGAGAAUACUAACACAGCCCAAGAUGACAAGGACAGAGGCAUUUGAGCACAUGAAGGAGGAAUACAAUGUGCAUUUGGAUAUGAAGAAAGUAACUAAGGCUUUGAAAAAAGCAAAGGGGACCAUUGAAGGUUGUGAGAAGGAGCAAUAUGGAAGAUUAAGGGAAUAUUUGGCAGAACUGUUGAGGAGCAACCCUGGCUUCAGUUGCAAAUUGCAAGUCACCCCUCAACCUAUUCCACAAUCAUUGCCAAUAUUUGACAGAAUGUACAUCUGCCUUGAUGCUUGUAAGAAGGGAUUCAAAGCUGGAUGCAGGCCCUUAAUUGGGUUGGAUGGAUGCUUUUUGAAGGGCUAUUAUGGAGGUCAAUUAUUGAGUGUUGUGGGUGAAGAUGCAAACAAACAAUUCUAUGUGAUUGCAUAUGUCGUGGUUGAUAGUGAGACGAAGGAUAAUUGGAAGUGGUUUCUGACAUUAUUACAGGAAGAUUUAGGGGACCAUGCAGUAUUUGGUUGGAACUUCAUUUCGGAUCAACAGAAGGGACUUGUCCCAGCCUUGAAGGAAAUUAUGCCAGGUUCACACCACAUGUUCUGUGUACAACAUGUAUGGAAGAACUUCAUCAAGCAGUGGAAGGAUAAAGAGACAAGAGGAAUUGUAUGGGAAUGUGCUAGAUGCACCACUGUUCCCCAAUUUGAGAAGGUCAUGCAAAGGCUGAAGACUCUAAACGAACUAGCUUGGAAGUAUCUUGACAAUAUACACCCUUCAUGUUGGGUUAAGGCCUAUUACUGUCACUGGCCUAAAUGUGACAAUAUCACGAAUAAUAUGGCUGAGGUGUGGAAUGCAAAGAUUUUGAAUUAUAGGGACAAACCUAUAAUGACAUUGUGUGAGGAAUUGAGGUGCUACAUAAUGCGAAGGAUGGCAGCACACAAGAGGAUUCUACAAACCUUUAGGGGUAAGAUAGCACCUGCACAGCAGAAGAGGCUGGACCAGUUGAAGGUUGCAAGCAAUUCUUGGACACCAACAUGGACUGGAAACUUGGUCCAAGAUCUCUACGAAGUAUCUGGAAAGGUUCAACGUGUUGGGGUGAAUUUAACUCAACAAACUUGUAGUUGUAAUGUGUGGCAGCUAACUGGAUUGCCUUAUGAACAUGUCAUUGCUGCCAUUGCACACAAGAAUGAACCUGUGGAAAAUCAUGUUCACCAAUGGCUGACAGUGGAUGCUUUGCAUGCCACUUAUGAACACACUCUCAACCCAGUCAAUUCCCAACAAUAUUGGCCAGCUUGUGAUGCCCCAAAACCACUUCCUCCACGCUUGAAAAGGCCUAUUGGACGUCCAAAAAAAUAUCGCAAGAAGGAUCCCACUGAAGAGCUUAUGAAGACCAACAAGAAGCUUAAGAAGACUUACACAGUUCAAUGCUCCAAGUGUGGUCAGACUGGUCAUUACCACAAGACAUGCAAAGGACCUGCUGGUGGAUCAAAGAAAAAAACUAAAUCGGUUAAUGUUGAAGUUGGCCAGUCAAGGACAAUUGAAGAGAUCCUCAUGAGCAUGAGUCAGGGCUGCCCUCCACCAGAGACAAGCAGUCAGCAUGCACCAAAUGCAGCUGAACCAAGAGCCAGCAGCCCACCACCAUGCAAUCCUACUGAGGCAGUGACCAGUGAGACAGCAGCUGCAACUAGCAGUGGCACCAGAGCAAGCUUCAUGACUACACCAGGAUUUAGGCCACCUAGGCCAGCCCCACAUAACUAA